AUGGAGGCUGACAUUGAAUCAGAUGAUGAGGUGGAAAAUCUCCGAGAAGGGCUGGUCGCAGUGAAAUUUUCUAAGGACCUAAAACAGGAGAUUCGCACCCCGUGGACACGAGCUCUCAUUGUGAAGGUCUAUGGUUUAGGACAUGGGUUCUUCCUUACUCGGCUAUCACUCAAGGAGGACUGCGAAAACAUUCUCAGGAAGGGACCAUGGUUCAUUGGAGAGCAUUUUCUAUCCAUCCGACCGUGGGAGCCAGAUUUCCAUCCGGCAACGGCCAAUGUCUCAUUAGUGGCGGUCUGGAUUAGACUGAAUGCGUUGCCCAUUGAGUAUUACAAUGUGAAAGCCUUGCAUCAGAUUGGCAAGUCGAUUGGUAAUGUUCUCCGAGUAGACAUGCAUACAGCCACUAAAACCAGAGGAAAGUUCGCCAGACUUUGUGUGCAGAUCGACGUCAAUAAACCCCUGAUCACGGCCAUUCUGAUAGGAAAGUUCGAACAACCCGUGUGCUAUGAAGGUAUUUCAAAACUUUGCUUUGAGUGUGGCAGAGUGGGGCACUACAAAGACUGCUACCCGCACAUUAUCCGGCAAGACCCACUCGUUGAAAGAGCGGAGACGACAACGGAAGGGAGCGUGCCUUCCUCCUCAUGCGAAAUGCAUGCAUCUGACACGGCUAAUAAAAGACAAAGCAGCAAGGAGAGUGUGAGUGGGAGUGCGAAUGAGGAGGCAUCAGCAAGUACGUACGGGCCUUGGAUCGUGGUGUCGCAAGCGUAA